AUCGCUGGCCUGAGGCGAAGAGAAGCGCGCCCCGCCUCCGGUCUCCACCUGGCCGGGUCUUGACUGCCCUGGUAGGGCAGGGCCGUGCCUCCUCCCAUGGUGAGGAGGAGGAGCAGGAGCCGGGAUUGGGGGCCGCCGGCGCCUCCCGCCUGGCCAGUAGGAGGCAACGCCAGCAGCAGCAGGAGGAGCUGCAGCAACAGUAGCGGCGGCGCGGAACCGGAGCGGCUGCCCCCGAAUAUGGCGGCGGCGGAGCAGCAGCAGCAGCAGCAUUUUACGGAAGCCGUCGUCGCGCCUCCCCUGGCAAGUGGAGGAAGGGAAGCGACCUGCGGCAGUGCCGGCUCCUCGCCUGGGUCGGUGCCGGUGCUCUUCUGCUUCUCGGUGUUCGCUAGGCCUUCGACCGUGCCGCACGGCUCCGGCUACGAGGUGCUGAUUCAGAAAUUCCUGAGCCUCUACGGCGACCAGCUCGACAUGCACCGCAAGUUCGUGGUGCAGCUCUUCUCCGAGGAGUGGAGCCAAUACAUCGACCUGCCCAAGGGCUUCUUGGUGAGCGACCGCUGCAAAGUCCGCCUCGUGCCGCUGCAGAUACAGACGCACCCGCAGGGACAUAAAGGGAAGAUCCCUUCACACCCACAGUGCUCUCGUUUUGGAGGAGGAGAUGAAAUCUCACAGCUGACACCAGAGGAACAACGUCCUGGUUCCCCACCAUCUCCCGCCAAACACACGGGAGUAAGGAUAACUACAUUGGGCAACCUUACACCUUCAAGCACUGUGUUUUUCUGUUGUGAUAUGCAAGAGAGAUUCAGACCUGCCAUCAAGUAUUUUGGGGAUAUCAUCAGUGUAAGCCAACGAUUACUUCAAGGUGCACGGAUUUUAGGAAUCCCAGUCAUUGUAACGGAACAGUAUCCUAAAGGUCUUGGAAGCACAGUGCAAGAAAUUGAUUUAACUGGAGCUAAACUUGUCUUGCCCAAAACAAAGUUUUCUAUGGUACUGCCUGAAGUUGAGUCUGCAAUAGCAGAGAUUCCUGGAGUUCGCAGUGUUGUUUUAUUUGGGGUAGAAACUCAUGUGUGCAUCCAACAGACAGCACUGGAAUUGGUAGGCAGAGGUCUGGAAGUUCACAUUGUGGCUGAUGCAACCUCUUCAAGAAGUAUGAUGGACAGAAUGUUUGCCCUAGAGCGUCUUGCUCGCACCGGGAUUAUUGUUACCACUAGUGAAGCUAUAUUGCUGCAGCUAAUAGCUGACAAAGAGCAUCCCAAAUUCAAAGAAAUCCAGAACCUCAUUAAGGCAAGUGCUCCAGAGUCGGGGCUUCUUUCCAAAGUAUAAAGAGGACAUUCUUGAAAGAACCUUGCCAAUGGACAGUUAAAGCUGUACACACACCCAUUCUCUCUCCCUCUCUCUCAUGCGCACACACACCCUUACAAAUUGAUGUAUUUGUGCUUGCCUUAGCAGAAUUGUUUGGUUAUGCUGUCCAAUUGUUUGGUUAUGCCAGUGUAUUCUGUUAGUCACAGCUCUUUAAGGCUUUGAGUACCAUAUCGUUCUUGUUGUCCAAACAAACUUUUCAAACAGAGGUGCCUGUUUGUACUAUACCCACACUGAUUGUAACACAAUUCUAAAAAAGUGUAUAUUUUUGUGUAACCUCUCUUGAUUGUACAAUUCAACUGUGACAUUGUUUUACUUUUUGUAUUAAUACAAUGGCAUAGAUAAAUGUGAUAUGUUUUAACAUAUAGAGUAAUAUUUUAAAUAAAAUGAUAUAUAUACACA